AAACAAUGACUUGGUCCCACCUCUGGCUCGCUGCAGUCAGACACAUUUUAGAACUGUCUGCAAUUAGUCUAUUAACAAUAAAUACAUCGAUUAUCGAUUAUUGAUGUUUACUAAUCAAUUCUAUAAUCGUGCAUGUCCGAAUUGUGAUGCAAAUCGAUUAUUUACCCCACUUACUCAGUGGCCUAGUGGUUAGAGUGUCCGCCCUGAGGUCGGUAGGUUGUGAGUUCAAACCCCGGCCGAGUCAUACCAAAAACUAUAAUAAUGGGACCCGUUACCUCCCUGCUUGGCACUCAGCAUCAAGGGUUGGAAUUGGGGGUUAAAUCACCAAAAUGAUUCCCGGGCGCGGCCACCGCUGCUGCUCACUGCUCCCCUCACCUCCCAGAGGGUGAUCAAGGGGAUGGGUCGAAUGCAGAUGACAAAUCUCACCACACCUAGUGUGCACUUUAACUUUUUUAACUUAUAUUCCUGUACCUUCUUCCUGUUCCGGCCCCUCCCCUUUUUGCUCCUUUUGACCAAUCACGUGCGGCUUUAACAGACAAAAAAAAAAAAAAAAAAAAAAAAAGGGGGAAGAGGCCAAAAACAAAACAUGGCUCCUUCACUUCAAAGAGCCAGCACAUGUGUGCUCUUGGACGAGCUGAACCGUCGUUCCUUUCAAAGAGUUGUUUGUAAACGGCGGCUCGUUCACACUCCGUGGAAGAGAAGAGAAGAGACGCGAGGAGUGCGUGGACCUGCUCAGUCACAACUGUCAUUGAGCAAAUAAACACCGCCGCCUUCUGUGGAUUGUUCUCUUGGAGGGAAGCUGUUUGGAGACGGAAAAAGGGAGUUUGGGGUCCACGGCUGGCCAAGAAUAUCUCAAAGGGAGCCUACGUUGUUGUGUAUGCAUGGAAUCCGCCCGGAGAAAGCUGAGGUACAGGCCGUCCCUCCAAACCAGCAUCUCUUGCAAACACAAGGGUGUGCCCGAAACAGCAUAGGCCUUCCUUUCAAGGAGCCUGGAGCUCUGUGAGAGGAGCGAGAAGGAAGUGAGGAAGGGGAAAAUAAAAACACGGAUCCUUUUUGAUGAAUUCUACCAAAACCUGAAUGUCAAACAGAGGCUGCCGGUCCAGAGGAGACACGUGGACAAUGAGUAUGGCCUUUCUCCGCCUCCAAGUCUUGACUCUUCUACUUGUUAUUUCUCUCCAUUCGGCGGCUGCUGAGCAUGACGUCACUCCACGCCUCACCUUCUCUUACGAUGCGGAGGAGAGGACAUCCAGGCGUUUCUCAGUGGGCGGUGUCUUCAACUUCACAUCUCUCCUGCUCAGUAAAGAAGAUGACACGUUGUACGUCGGCGCUCGAGAGGUUCUGUUUGCGCUCAACCUCUCGGACAUCAGUGCGGCAAAACUGCAAAGAAACCUCACGUGGAAAACUCCAGAGAGGAAGCGAGGCGAGUGCAGUUUUAAAGGAAAAGACCUGCAAACCGACUGCUUCAACUACAUCAAGAUCUUACUGAGCGUGAACAGCACUCAUCUUUACGUGUGCGGAACGUACGCCUUCAGCCCCAUCUGUGCUUACGUCAACACUGCCAACUUCUCCCUCGUCAGGGCCGACACUGGCGAGAUUGUGACCGAGGACGGACGGAGCCGUUGCCCCUUCAACCCCGAGUACAAGUCCACCGCCAUCAUGGCUGAUGGAGAGCUGUACGCUGGCACAGUCAGCAAUUUCCAGGGGAACGAACCCAUCAUUUAUAAGAGUCUCAGCCAAGGAAUGGCUCUCAAAACAGAAAAUUCCCUUAACUGGCUUCAAGACCCGGCUUUUGUUGGCUCCGCCUACAUCCAGGAAAGCUUGCCCAAGGGCAACCCGGUGGGCGACGACGAUAAGAUUUACUUCUUCUUCAGCGAGGCGGGAAAGGAGUUUGAUUUCUUUGACAACACCAUUGUGUCGCGCAUUGCUCGCGUGUGCAAGGGAGACAUGGGAGGCGAAAGGGUCCUUCAGAAAAAGUGGACAACCUUUCUAAAGGCUCAACUUCUGUGCUCACUGCCUGAUGACGGAUUCCCGUUUAACAUCAUCCAGGACAUGUUUGUGCUGACACCCAGCCCAGGGGACUGGAAGAAGACUGUGUUCUAUGGAGUCUUCACCUCUCAGUGGUACAACGGUGCGUCAGGAAGCUCCGCCGUGUGUUCCUUUACCAUGGAGCAGGUAGAAAAGGCCUUCAGCGGCCGAUACCGCGAGGUCAACAGAGAAACCCAGCAGUGGUACGCUUACAACCAUCCCGUCCCCGAACCUCGACCUGGAGCGUGUAUCACAAACGGGGCCCGGAGCCAGGGCGUCCCGUCAUCGCUUCACAUGCCAGACAAGGUGUUGAAUUUUGUCAAAGAUCACUUCCUCAUGGACAGCGUGCUUCGCAGCCAGCCUCUGCUGCUCAAACGCCACGUUCGCUACACGCAGAUUGCGGUGCAUCAAGUGCGGGCAGAGCACAAGGCCUACCAUGUGCUUUUCAUCGGGACAGAUGACGGCAGACUCCACAAAGCCAUGAGUGUGAAGAACAAGAUGCACAUCAUCGAGGAGAUGGUGCUAUUCCGUGACUCCCGGCCCGUGCAGCACAUAGAGCUGGACGCCGAAGAGGGUCGGCUCUUUGUUUCCACUUUCUCUGAACUGGUGGAGGUCCCAGUAGCUAACUGCACUAAUUACCAGAGCUGCGGGGAGUGCAUCCUCUCCAGGGACCCUUACUGCGCCUGGAAUGGCAGGCAGUGCGUGGAUGUCAGACGGGCUCCACCAAGCAACGUGUUGCAGCAGGAUGUGGACAAUGCAGACGCAGCAGCCAUUUGCAACAGGACGGUGGCCAGCCCACGCUUUGCUAAAUCUGCACACGCGCGAACGUCCACAUGCCAGUUGAUCACUAUUCCCGCCAACACCUUCCAAGUGUUGCCUUGCCAGCUGCGUUCCAAUCUGGCGGAGAGGGCGUGGGUGUUCAGCGAGAGCUCGGGUCACUUUCAUUACCCGAGUCCGGACGGGGGUCUGGUGGUGGUGGCCCAGGCGGACCGACGAGAGACCUACGAGUGCUGGUCCGUGGAGGAAGGCUUCCGACAGCUGCUGGCCAACUACUGCGUGAGGGGCGAGGCCAAGCGCGAGAACAGCACCCAGACGGGCCGCACGCGGGCGCCGGCCGCGCCGCAGGAAGAGUUCGUCAUCCUGCCCGGCGAGGCUCGCUCCCCGCAGAUCAACGCCAAGACCUACUGGAACGAGCUCAUCGUGGUCUGCGCCCUCUUGGCCUUCUCCCUGCUGGUCUUCUCCCUGUUCGUGGUCUACCGGCACCGCGACCACAUGAAGUCCAUGCUCAAGGAGGGCGAGUGCCCCAACAUGCAGCAGAAGAAGCCCAGGACGGCGGCGAAGCCCGUGGAGAACUUGCCGCUCAACGGCAACGCGGCGGCCGCCACCGUGACGGACCACAAGGGCUACCAGACACUCCACGACAACUACAUCUGCGGCACGCCGUCGCACGAGUGCCCGUCGCCUGACAACAGCAAGAGCUUCUCCGAGGCGGAGAAGAGGCCUCAGGACUUGCAGGAUAGCCGAGUGGAGAUCUCGUCCACCAGCCCACGGCCUCGGGUCAGACUGGGAUCGGAGAUAAAAGACUCGGUGGUGUAAAGGCUGCUCGGGACUACUUUGAGUGAAUGAACUCAAGCGAGCGAGCGCCUGCUGAAGUACUCGAUGGAAAAAAG